AUGUCGCGAACAGUCCUCGCAGCUUUCCUCGCACUCCUCCUCCCCACCCUCGUCUUCACCCACACCGUCAUCACAUACCCAGGCUGGCGAGGCGACAAUCUACAAACCAAUGGGACUAUACCGGACGAGAAUGGACUCGGUGUAGGCAGAGACAACACAUACCCAUAUGGCAUGCAGUGGAUAUAUCCUUGUGGAGGCACGCCCAUGUCGGCGAAUCGCACCAAGUGGCCUGUCAAGGGUGGCGCCGUCGGGUUCCAGCCAGGCUGGUUCGCAGGCCACUCCUCAGCCCUCAUCUACAUCAACUUGGGCGAGGGCACCCAGCCUAAAAACUACUCUUUGGUCAUGCAGCCCAUGAUCGGCAUCACGGGCCCCAGCAAUGACCUAUAUAAUGGCAGUGUGUGCCUCCCGCAGCUUCCUCUACCGGCAAACUUCACUGCCACCGUGGGCGCGAACGCGACCAUACAGGUCAUCGAGGCUGCUCAGCAUGGAGCUGCGCUGUUUAAUUGCGUCGAUAUCACAUUCGCCGAGCCAGAAGACGUACCAGCUGUGACGCCGGAUAAUUGCUCCAAUUCUUCCAACAUCAAGUUUGACUUUGUGUAUAGCACCGCAAGUUUGACAUCCGAUGCCACCACUCAGCUUUCCAAGGUGACCUGGAUGUCAGCGUUACCUUUCGCAGCAGCAAUCGCAUGGGGGAUGAUGGCAUGA